AUGCAGGCAGCGAAUAAUCCAGUGUAUCGAAUUGUUGCAACAGCAGAGACUCCCGAAGAGCUGGAAAUGGCUAAAAUAGAGGCUUAUACUCUCAAAGAUAACUACAGUCUUAUGGUCAAACAAUGUUUCAAGGACUGUAUCGGUCUUGAAUUUAAACACAACGAUAUUCAUGCUGGAGAAUCCAUUUGUGAAAAUCGAUGUGUUGCCAAGUAUAUGGAAGCAGUAGAUUUGGUGAAGAAAACACUUGCAGAAAUUGAAUCCCAAGAACAAGAGAAUAAUACACAGUAA